UAGAGACUGAAAACAAAUUCGACUGAAAACCAGGACUAAAGCACAAAUAAGCAAAGCUUUGCAUAUUCCUAAUUCCUAAUUCCUUCUCUUUAUCUUUUAGCUCUCUGUUCUACCAAAGAACAUAGCUUUCAUGGUCACUAUAUGAUUGUGCCAAUUCACUUCCAGAGUUUCGUACUUGACUAAUCCUAUUAGGGCCAUAUUGUUACAGGCUACAAAUAGUUGUUAAUAUCCACCAUUUCACAGUAUGCGUCAUUCCCUGUCGUAGUUAUUAUAGGCCUUGACAGAGUUUGAAUACUAAAAUGUCAUUCGUAGUAACCUCAUCCUCCAUACUCACCUCUUCUUAUUUUAACAAACACAGCGUUUCUAAGUUAAGAUCUUCUUGUGAGAAUGCUUCUAAAGUUUCAUACUUUCCCUUUAUUCAAUGUAAGUAUCCAUCUGGCAUUACUGAGAAUAUCCAUACAGGGUUGAGAAGGAAACCAAAUGGUAUUUCAAUGUCCACUGUGAUCAAUUGCACAAAACCCAAUUUUCAAUCCUUCACUGAUGAGGACACAGUUUUUCUUGAUUUGGGUGAUCAAGGAAAUGAAGAUGGUGAAGAUAUAGAUUCACCCUGGGAAGGGGCUGUUAUUUACAAGAGAAACGCUUCGAUAACACAUGUUGAGUACUGUACAACAUUGGAGAGGCUUGGCUUGGGAAACCUUUCUACAGAGGUCUCCAAAUCUAGGGCUUCGGUGAUGGGGUUACGGGUCACUAAAGCUGUGAAAGAUUAUCCAAAUGGCACACCAGUUCAGAUCUCCAUUGACAUCACAAGGAGGAAGCAGAAGUUGAGGCUUGAUGGGAUCAUCAAAACUGUUAUCACAUUGACUUGCAACAGGUGUGGUGACCCAGCAGCUGAGUCCAUCUUCUCCAACUUCUCGCUUCUCCUAACUGAUGAACCUGUAGAAGAACCUGAUAUCAUCAACAUGGGAGUGAUAUAUGGAGACAAGGUUAAAACUCAUACUGGAUUUGGUGACCAAGGGGAGGAAGAUGAUGACGACUCAAUUGAUUUUGAGGAUCAGCUGUAUUUCCGCCCUGAGGACAAACAAAUAGACAUUUCAAAGCACAUAAGAGACUCGGUACAUCUGGAGAUUACUAUCUCUGCAACAUGUAAUCCAAAUUGCAAGGGUCUGUGUCUCAAUUGUGGUAAAAAUUUGAACACUAGCAAUUGUAUUUGUGGCAAAGAGGAGGUAAAGAAGACUACUUUUGGACCUCUUGGAAAUUUAAAGAAGCAAAUGCAGCGAAAAUAACUUAAAUUUCAUGUAUAUUUUUCAGAAAACAACCGAGUACGUUUGUUCAAGCUCAUGUCUUAUAGAAUUACCAUUUCUCGAUA